AUGGACUUCGACUUCGACUGCGCCGCCGCCUCGCCCGGCGGCCAGUGGAUGGGCGAGACGGCGUCGCGGCGCCGGCAGCGCCGCCUCUCGUCCUCGUCGCUCAGGGCGUACCUCACGCCGGCCUUCGACGCCGUCGCCGCCGCCGGCCAGGGGGGCAUCUCCCCUUCCUCGUACUCGUCGGGCGGGCUGGAGCUCGGGUUCGACACGUCGCUCCUCCGCCUCCGCCGCACCUGCUUCUCCGCCAACGCCGAGCUGGACAGCCGCCGCCUCCUCUACUCGCCGCAGUCGCCGCCGCCGCCGCAGCAGCAGCAGGCGCGGCCACGGCCGAUGUACGCGAUGGCGGACCAUGAGGCGGCCUACCUCUACGCGCCGAAACGCCAGGCUGGCGGGCUCACUGGCGCACCAGGUUUUCCCGAACUCAAGCAAACAUUUUCCAACUUCCGAUCACCAGAUGGUGCUGUCAUCCUAGGAAACAGGCCGGACCUUCUGUCGACACCGAAACCUGGUUCGACGACACCUUCAGGGCAGGCGGUGUCUGCAGCAGCACAGCCAACCGAGGAGGAAGACGACCUGAUAGCCGAGGCCCUCUACGGGCGCAGCGGCCGACGCAGGCUGCCCAUCUUCAGGGAAAUCUGCCCGGAAUAG